GAUUAAAAGGGAGGUGUCAUGCAUGGGCAUUUACGUAAUUUCAGAACGCGGAGCCGUAACGCCUUCCGCAAGUGUACGGCUUGGAUCUUUUCCAGAGCCGGGGAUGGCUGCAAAAGCCUAUGACGUGGCGGCUUUGUGCCUCAAAGGACGAAAAGCACAGCUCAAUUUCCCCCGACGAGGCCGAUGAUUGGUCUCGACCGUCCACGUGUACGGCCAGGCAUAUUCAGGCCGCCGCCUCCAAAGCCGCUCACGCCGUCAAGACCAGGUCCAAGACCAUCGACGGCGAAGUUGUCGUCGUUUCCGACAUUGACGACGGCAACAAUUUCUGGGAGGACAUUGAGCUGCCGGAGUUGAUGUUGACCGGCGGGUGGUCCUCCGCUUGCGUCAACGUAGAUGCCACGUGGCUCGUCGACGGAGAGUUCACGGCGUGCCUGUUGUGUCUCUCUCUCGUCGUAUGCGUGUCUGUGCACACAUGGAUUGUACGAGGCCUUGGGCUUGGGAGAGCUCCUUAGACCCA